UUUUGACUGUUCUUCAUAGUGAAUUUAUUGUUUAUUUUGACGGACUGGUAGAAUUAAAUAUUUUUUGGAAAACAGGAUAUUUCUUCCUUUGUAAUGUCUCAUGAUCGAGAAAUUCUGCGACUAAUAUGGGAGGGGCAAAUACCGAUAUGUUUUCAGGCUGAUUCUGAAGAAAUUGUUGGCUUACAACAACCGGAGAAUUUCUAUUUAAUGGUUUCGCGGUUAAGCUAUUUACCAUUAGUAACAGAUAAGGUGAAAAAAUAUUUUAGCCGGUAUAUUUCUCAUGAACAAGACAGAAAUGUGUGGUUUGAUUACAAUGGAAUCCCCUUAAAAUUGCAUUAUCCAAUUGGAGUUCUUUACGAUCAGUUGCAUCCUGAUGAGGAUGGCGUUCCUUGGAACCUUACUAUACAUUUUUCGAAAUUCCCCGAAGACUUAUUGGUAAAAAUGUCAACUAGGGAAUUGUUGGAAUCACAUUUUAUGUCAUGCCUAAAGGAAGCCGAUGUUCUUAAGCAUCGAGGUCAAAUAAUAUCUUCAAUGCAAAAAAAGGAUCACAAUCAACUCUGGCAAGGUCUGGGUAAUGACAAGUUUGAUCAGUUUUGGGCAAUUAAUCGGCGUCUAAUGGAGCCAAAUGGGGAGCAAGAAACCUUUAAAUACAUUCCUGUACGAUUUUAUUCGGAAGAAGAUGCCUACGUACAAAAGUUAAUAACACCUUUAAAUAAAAACGGACAAAAGAAAACACUUGGUGAAAUGAUUACUGAGUUAUCGUCGCCGCUUAAGAAAGUUGUUGAAGUCCGAACACAUGGUAUCAGCAUUCACGAUGAAGCACAUUUACAGUGGUUAUCCGAGCAUCUUAGUUAUCCAGAUAAUUUUUUACACUUAUUUUUAGUCUAUGAUAGUAACCCUUAAUAUUUUAAACAUGCCCCACUACUUUUCAUUCGAAGAAUUUCGACGACGAAAAUUGAGUGUAGCGAUUGUCAAAAUUCCACUGGAAAUGGAAGAUACAGAUUCGUAUUCUGCGGUCAAAAACAACUUUUGUUAGAAACUUUGGCAGAAUCCGAAUAUGUGGUAAAAGUUCGUAGGUAUGUAUGUAUGAUUUACAAAAAUGGACUUUCGGUAUGUUUGCACUUUUCUUUAAUAGCCAAAAAUCUCCAAAAGAAUAACAGAAGCGUAGAAUCUCACUGCAGAGCGAGUUAAAUCCGACUCUGUGGUAAUGAGCAUGUACAUAUGUAUAUCCUAUUUAACAGAAUGGACUUCCGGUCGGUUUCACCCAGUGUUCGGAUUUGCCUCAUUUCAGCCCCUUACUCGCUCAUUAGUUUGCUCUAAGUUUCCGCAACUCACCGCGUAUCAGCCGAGGCUGUUUGCAAACGUGUUCUCGUUAAAUACGAGCGCACGCGCUGAGUAGCCAGCAGAUGAGGAAGCAAACGAGGGCAGCGCAAGCAAAGGAGUGCCUCAAUAGUUCUGCCCUCAUGAGCGCGUCGUUGCGAGCGAGGCACACAGUUGCAGCAGCAUACGAGCGAGGCGAGUAGAUGAGGGAGGCAUAUGAUAAGAGGCAAACAGAUGAGACAGGCAAACGGAUUGUUAAGAAAAAAAUUGAUGAGAUAAAAAUUGCAUCAGCUAAGAAUUUCGAAUAAACGAUUGCAUGUACGCAUGCAUAAAUAUAUGUACCUAUGUAUAUACAUUAGCGUGCCCAUCGAACAU